AUGGCGUCCGCGUACAAGUCAGCAAUGCGUGGCGGCGAUCUGUCCGAAUCCGACUCAGAUGCGUCUGAACAAAGCAGCAACACUUUACCUAAUGAGUCUGCAGACGAGAAGGAAAAUCCCGUCGUGAAGACAAAGCGCGACGAUGCCUCCCAGAUCCCUGUCGAAAUCAGGAAUCGCAUAUUGAUGUUAACCUCCCGCGGUGUCUCGUAUAGACAUCGACAUCUGUUAAGCGACCUACACUCACUCCUCCCACAUACAUACAAAGAUACUAAGCUGGACACCAAGACGAACAACCACUAUAACGCCGCACUCAAUGGACUAGCUGAUCUACAUUCCUGCAACUACGUAUUCUACCUUGAAGCACGGAAACACGGUCAAGACUUGUACCUGUGGCUGGCACGUGCCCCUAAUGGGCCUACGAUCAAAUUCAAUGUGACGAAUGUGCACACACAGGCGGAACUAGGCUUCGGUGGCAAUUGUUUGAAGGGUGGAAGAGGCGUAGUCGUUUUUGACAAGAGCUUCGACGAGGAGUUGGCAGGCCAAGAACAUCGCUCGUUGAUUCGAGAGAUGCUCCGGGGUGUCUUCUGCGUGCCGCCCAAGGGCGUGAGGGGCAUGAAGCCAUUUAUCGAUCGAAUUAUUGGCAUAUACGGUCUUGAUGGGAAGAUAUGGGUCCGAGUCUAUGAGAUCCGCGAGUCCGAGCCUGAUAAGGCAAGCAAAGAAUCUGGCAGUAAAGGCGCCGAUAUCUCGCUGGUCGAAAUUGGGCCACGAUUUGUGCUUACACCAAUUGUCAUUCUUGAGGGCAGUUUCGGUGGUCCAUUGAUCUUCGAGAACAAGCAAUUCGUCAGUCCGAACCAAUUACGCGCUGACCAGAAAACGAAGAAGGCCGGAAGAUAUGCGAGCCGACGAGCAGGCGCUGAGGAAAUUGCUGUCAAACGGAGGGAGUUGGGUAUCAAGACGGGAGUGAAGAGGAAGGCCUCUGCUCUUGACAAUGCGCGGUUGUUUGGCUGA